UAAUAAUAUGAGGACAACGAGUGUGUGCACAGCUGCGGAACAAACAACCCGAACUCCCUGGUUGUAAUUGCUACGGUAAGUCGUUGGUGACUCUCCGCGGACAUGCUGGUCCUCCGGCCUCACAGCCUGAGAGCUGUGACCGCUCUGCGCUGCCUCGGCGCCGGCUACACCGGCCGCAGAACCUCCGCUACUUACACCCAGGGCCAGAGCCCGGAGCCCCGCAUCCGAGAGUACUUCUACUACAUCGACCACCAGGGACAGCUUUUUCUUGAUGACACCAAGGUGAAGAACUUCGUCACGUGCUUCAAAGAUAAACAGUUCCUGGUGUUCUUCUUCAGCCGCCUGCGUUCCAACCAGAGCGGCCGUUACGAGGCGGACUUCCCCUUCCUCUCCCUGUGCGGCAGAGAGAGGAACUUCCUGCGCUGUGAUGACCGGCCGGUGGUCUUCACCCACCUGCUGCAGGGCACCGCCGGCGAUCGGGAGCUGCUGUCGUUCUGCGGCGGCGCGGAGAAGCUCGCCGUCCCGUUCAGUCCGGAGAAGCUGUACAUGCAUCCCGAGAGCGGCCGGGUUUACCACCCCUGCCCGGAGCGGCACGGAGGCGUCGGGCUGGUCAGGUCGGCGCUGGCCAUCGAACUCAGCCCGUUCUUCCUUUACGGGUCGGAGCGGGGCCAGUCGACGCAGCCCACACACUUUGUGUGGAGCGGACGUGAGCACGCGCUGACCAAUGAGAUCGCGGGAUGCUUCCCCCCCGCACAGGCCGGCCGAGAGCAGCGGGACGAGCCCGGAUAGUGUCCAGUACAGCCGAUCCUAGCAGCCGCGAGGGGAGACGUACCUCACGGUUUAAUAUUGUGACUUCACCCUGAUAAGCUUUUCUUUUUCCACUGACGUGUGAAGAGACCGAACCGAACUCGGCAGAGCAACACUGACUUUUGUUCAGUGCCUGUUUGUUGCAGCUGAGACAGAAAACGAGUGAAAUUGUGGGGAAAACUUAGAUACUCUUCUAUCGGGGCCAUGAUGUGGUGGUUGUAAUGUUUGAAGAGCAACAUAAAAAGAAUUUAACUCUGUGCUUCUGGGAAUAUUUGAUGCGUCUGUCGAUCACUAUCACUUUUUAUUUAUGGUGAAGUCUCAUAUUGGUAGUCAUGUUAGAGGAAAGCACUCUGGCAAACUCAAAGUGGUUUUUAAGCAUGAAGGAAGCGUGAGAUUAACUGCAUUUAUUUCACAAAUAUUCUGAUCAAUUCAUUUGAAAAGUUUCAUUGAUUGACAUUUUAAACCCGGUGGACACAAAUCAGAGAAAAGUUACCGAAAACAUCAAAGUCAAAAAAAUAUA